GCUUGGUUGGAGCAUUGGCAUCAUCUGGCAUUCCUCUGUUCACCAGCAAGUGUGUGUAUGUGUGUGUCUGCUAUAGGUCUGCUAUAGCUGAAACAGAAGAGCUUCUGUGUGGGUGUGUGUAUGACACACUCUUUUUUCUUUUUUUUUUUUUUGCUUGGGAUUCCUCCUGCCCCAUAAGGCUUUGCAGCAAGUGGAUGUGCUGAUGUAGGAAGAAUGGAUGCACCAACGCUCACACACAUACACACACACUCAGAGAUCAGUCGUGGGGCCGAAUGAAGAAAUCAACAUCCACACAUUCAGGGAUCAAACGUACAACAAUGUGACUGAGGGAUUGGUUCAGAUGUAGCUGCUGUAACACCAUCCAAUAAUGCUGAGCCCUGUUCUCCAUUCUGAGCUCUCGGCCUUGGAGCCGGAGUACACAGAGGCUGAUGUCAUCUCUACGGUGGAGUUCAGCCAAUCAGGAGAGUUCCUGGCCACAGGGGACAAGGGUGGGAGAGUGGUCAUCUUUCAAAGAGAACCUCAGGGGGAAUAUAAUGUGUACAGUACAUUUCAGAGCCAUGAGCCUGAGUUUGACUGCCUGAAGAGCUUAGAGAUAGAGGAGAAAAUCAAUAAGAUCCGUUGGUUACCUCAAAUCAAUUCCACCCACUUCCUCCUGACCACCAAUGAUAAGACCAUUAAGCUUUGGAAGGUAAGCGAGAGAGACAAGAGGCCUGAAGGUUACAACCUGAAAGACGAGGAGGGCCGGAUGAAGGACAUUUCCAGGAUCACAUCCCUUCAGGUUCCUGUGUUACGGCCGAUGGAUUUGCUGGUGGAAGCGUCUCCACGGCGUGUGUUCGCUAAUGCUCAUGCCUAUCACAUCAACUCUAUCAGCAUUAACAGCGACUGUGAGACUUACCUGUCGGCUGAUGACUUGAGGAUCAACUUGUGGAAUCUGAAUAUCACAGAUCGCAGCUUCAACAUUGUGGACCUGAAGCCAGAAAACAUGGAGGAUCUGAGCGAGGUGAUCACCGUGGCUGAGUUUCACCCUCAUCACUGCCACUUGCUGGCCUUCAGUAGCAGUGCAGGAGCUACACGCCUGUGUGAUAUGAGAUCUCGAGCGUUGUGUGAUCGACCUGCUAAAUUAUUUGAGGAGUCAGUGGACCCAGCCCAUCGAUCGUUCUUCUCUGAGAUCACUUCUUCUGUGUCGGAUGUAAAGUUCAGUCACAGCGGACGCUACCUGCUCACCCGAGACUACCUCACUGCUAAAGUCUGGGACCUCAACAUGGAGAACAAACCAGUGGAGAUUUAUCAGGUGCAGGAUUAUUUGCGCUCUAAGCUAUGCGCCCUUUACGAGAGCGACUGCAUCUUUGAUAAGUUUGAAUGUGCCUGGAAUGGAACUGACAGUGUCAUCAUGACAGGGGCGUAUAAUAAUUUCUUCCGGAUGUUUGACCGAGCGAGUCGGCGUGAUGUGACUUUGGAGGCGAGUAGGGAGGUGUGUAAGCGGCGCGCCGUGCUCCGACCUCGCCGUGUGUGUGUGGGGAAGAAGAGGAGGGAGAAUGAUAUCAGUGUGGACAACCUGGACUUCAGGAAGAAGAUCCUGCACACGGCAUGGCAUCCUACAGAUAACAUCAUCGCCAUCGCGGCCAGCAACAACCUGUUCAUCUUUCAGGACAGACACGGCCCCGGACACCACAUCGGCCACCAUUUAGAACAAGACAAACCUCUGCAGUUACAGGACACAACAUGUCAGUGAAAUGACGCUUGAGAGCAACAGCUCAUUUUUUUUGUUUUUAACUUCACAAGGAUGUACCAGUUGAGAAUUUGUACUAUUCAGAGCAUGUUUUCAGUACAAACACAAAAGCCUAACAAUAAUAAUAAUUAUUAUAAUGAUAAUAAUAAUAAUAAUAAUAGUAAUAAUAAUAAUAAUAACAAUAAUAAUAAUAAUUUAAUGCUGGAUAUAAUAAUAACCACCAUUAUGACUGGAACCGUACUUCAGAACUCUUGCAUGAAAUGUAACACAAGGAGACUGAGAUGAACCAGGAAAUAUAUUUGCCUGUCAGUGUCUAAAUCACUACUGCAUGUUUACACUAUUAUCCUUAAUUAACAGGCUUCGUUAACUGACCGAGUUCUAACGGCAACGAUGAAUGCAAACAAAUCGGACCCUUUAUUUAUUGAACUAAUGAACUGUAUCCGCCGUCUGGUGGCUCUUCUCAGGUUUCAUGUUUCUUGACUGGAGACAGUAGACAGACGUCCUCUUCCUCGUAUCAGAUGUCGAAACUGAAGCAGUACAAUCAUGUGAAUAUCUGAGGAGUUUCUAAGGAGCAUCAUGUAAACUGGAAUUUCAAGGAUUUUUUAGCAUGCUAAAUCAUUGUGCUGCUGAUCUGAUGCUACACGGAAGAUGGUAGUAGGGUGGGGUAAGAUGUCAACGCUGGUCCAACCAAACCCUGCUGUCUAGUAUCAGCGAUACAAGUGUUAAUGUGGAAUCCACUGUUUGCUAAUAAUGAAAAUAAAGAAACGGU